AUGGACUUUGUCAUUGGGGGCCUCGCUGGUGCGGGCGCUACCAUCUUCACUAACCCAAUGGACGUGGUGAAAACGCGAAUGCAAUUGCAAGGAGAGUUGCGAGCUACAGGCUAGAGGUCAACAUGCAGUAUAUUAUAAAAAUAUACCACAUGCUAUGUACACAAUAGUGAAGCAUGACGGUAUAGCUGCACUACAAAAAGGUUUAGUUCCUGCGUUGUGGUUUCAGUUAGCAGUAAACGGAGUGAGAUUAGGCAUUUAUCAACAUGCAGAUGAUUACGGUUUGCUAAGAGAUGAAAAAGGCAAUACGCUUCUUAUAAACAGUUUGUUCUUUGGAGCGGUAUCUGGAAUGUGCGGAGCGUUUUUCGGAAGUCCCUUCCAACUUGUGAAAACACAACUCAUGUCCUACUCAUCAGAAAAAAUUGCAGUGGGUACACAACAUGGGCAUAGAGGGCUGACAUAUGCCAUAAAGAAAAUAUAUGAGAAAAACGGUUUAAGUGGAUUGUGGAGGGGUGCACAUGGUAUGAUGAUUAGAAACUCCAUGGGAUCAGCAUCACAGAUAGCUGCUUUUGCUAUAUGCAAAGAGUGGAUGGAUGAAAAUAAGAUGUUCCAACAAUCAAAAUAUUUCUCAGCUUUUAUGGCAAGUAACAUUGGUGCUAUCGUCAAAACUAUAACGUUGACACCUAUGGACGUCAUCAUGACCCGUCUCUACAACCAAUCGGUGGAUAGUGAAGGUCGUGGAUUACUAUACUCUGGUAUUAUUGACUGCGCCCAAAAGAUCACCAAAACGGAGGGCCUGCUGGCCUUUUACAAGGGUAUGGCGCCCUCCUACCUAAGACAAGCGCCUCAUAGUGUAUUCCUGCUUGUAUUCUGGGAUAUGCUCAAAGACGUACAAAAAUCAUGGGAAAUUAAGAAAAGUUAA